CCAAACGAUGGCGUCAUCACAGGGUCAAAACAGUACACUAUCAAGUCCUACAGAAAAAAAGCGAAGCGCGAUUUAUAUGAGGCGGAAGUGGAGGGAGGCGACGUCUGAAGACGAGGAGUCUGUCAUGGGAUGACACACCUGUUGCUGUGGAGACGGCUGUGGAGCCUGGGUUUGUUACCAUGGAGACGUUUGCCGACGGAAACCAUGAUGUCAGGCGGCCUGAACCUAAUCAGUCUGCAGACCCUGGAUCAGAACUGCUGCUUGGCUCCGCCUCAUCGCUGGCCUCAUCUCAAACAGGUGCUUCACUAAGUCCUGCCCCUCCGUCUGACAGGUCCCACCCAACGUCAUCAGCCAGUGCGAGCACAGAAACAAAUGCUCCACCUGCCACUGGACCCACCCCCUCUAAGCUAUCUGCUGACUCCUGGAUGACAUCACAGCUGCUGGCCACACCCCCAGUGCUGUGUCAGAGUCAGGUGAUCAUUGUGGAGUCAGGAGGUCAGACUGUGCCCUGUGAACACAUGGUGAUCGUGGCGGGCCAAUCAGAGGGCAGAGAGGCGUUUGUCAUCCCGUCCAGUCAGGAUUCUGGGUCCUCGAACAGUCCAGCAGGUCCUGUUGUUGACAUCCCGGUAACCACAGUGACAGACUACAACUCCACCUCCAGCAUGCUUCUUGCUGAACCAGCAGCAGCAGUCAGCAGUCUGGAUGCGUCUGCUUGCAUGAAGGCGCUGCCCUCCAGCACCCCCAGCUGGGCUCUGAGACUACACAGCGCUCAGAAGUUGGGAGAUUCCUAUAGAGGUUUCUGCUGUUCGGAGACAGAGCUGGAGGCCAUCUUGUUGCUCCAUAAGCAGCAGACCGGGUGUGUUUUCGGGACCCGUCAGUCGCCGUCUGUAGAUAAACCAGCAACCAGGCUCAUGUGGAAGUCGCAGUACAUCCCCUAUGACGGCAUCCCAUUCAUCAACACAGGCAGCAGAGCGAUUGUGAUGGAGUGUCAGUUUGGACCUCGAAGAAAAGGACUGCAGCCGAGGAAGAGCUCUGAACUCAGCGCAGAGGUCACAUUCAGAGCCACCUGUCCUGCCAGGAUCUACAUAAAGAAAGUUCGGAAGUUUCCAGAGUUUAAAGUUCCCACAGAGCCGGAGGCAGACAGGAAGACCGUGAGACUGGAACAGGAGAAGGCCUUUCAGUGUCUGAAGACCCAGAACCUGGAGACGGGGGGAGUCAUCAGGUUUUACCUGCAGCUGCCCACUGAGAAAGCUCACCUGUACCACACUGAGGACUUGCCCCCCAUCCCCCCGCCUCCCGCCGACCUCACCCCUCCAACCACCCAACCUGAAGAGGAGGAGGAGAUGAUGGAGGAGUUAGUGGAGCAGGAUGGUGUCAUCCCGUCUCGUCUCCACCCGCAGGUGGCAGAGAGGAUCAAACAGCUGGUGGCUGCGGGUCAUCAUCAGGUCUACACCAUCCGUAAACAACUCAGGCGUUUUGUGGAGAAGGAACUGUUUAAAUGUGAUGGACUUCCAGACAGACACAACCUGAGGUUCUUCCCCACCAUCAACGACAUCAGGAACCACAUACACGAGUCCCAGAAGGCCCUGGGGCUGACAGCCGACACCACAGAGUGGUCAGAAGACAGCACCGACCCUCAGAUGGAGACGGUCACUCUGACACUGACUCCUGCUGCUGAAGUUUUAGAUGGCAGUGACACUUUGCCCCCUGAAGCCUUCCAGCUUUUCAGUUCUCUGUCUUCUCUGCAGCCAAGGAUCUUUGCUCAGCUGCAGGGAAUCUUGCUGCCGCCACCUCCUCUGUUCCCGUCCUCCAUCCUCCAGAUUCCUGAAGUGGAGGCAUCGGGGUCGCUGGGCUCUGAGGAGGAGCUCGGUGAGGGGCAGCAGGUGGUUCUGCAUAACAUUGACCACAGAGCAGCUCUGGUUGGUGCAAGUGUGCUUCAGGUGGAGGCGAAAGAAGAAGAGGAGGAGGAGGUGAAGAAGAAGAAGAAGAAGCUGGAGGACUCGACUUUUACAUUGAAUCAACAGCACUAAUUCCAUCAGUAUGUCAUACUCACUGCUCUGCUCACAUGAGCUUUUUUUUACCAUUAUGUGUCAUUGCCUCUACUUUGCUGUUUUUGCAGUCAUGGUUAACACUUCCUGCUCAUUUCACCUUAAAAGCCUGCCAGAGAAGUAAUGGCUUUGGUCCCUUUAACAAUCAAAAAACAACAAAUAAUUUAGGAAUUACUACUGAAAAAAAAGUAUUUAUGUCAGAAACACCAAGUAAAUUGUUAGUAAAAGCAAGUUCUCUCUACAGACAAGUUAAAUACCCCCCCCUCGCUACCACUGCCAGGUUUUAUCAUCUGAAGAGCUCCCAAAAGAAAAGUUUUAAUGUAAAGUUUAUGAUACAGUCUGAAGUGUGCAGGAAAAGACUCAGGGCUGGUUGUAAAUUUUGUUCAUGUAAAAAAAAGUGUUUCGUAUGGUCUUAAUAUUUGCAUUUUUAUGAUGGAAUAUGUUCUCAGUAGAUUAUUUCAGCUGCUAAUGUUGUGUGUUUUUUAACAAGGCCUUCAGUUAUAAUGACCAAAAUUGAACAAAAUAAAAGAAAUGAUAUCUUGAUUCAGUAAUUCUCGAGUUUGCCCAGUUUUUUGUUGUAACAGAAACAUUU